AUGUGCUUGUGAACUAUCUUGUUGAGACCCUGGGCCUGCGGCAUCCUUCGGAGCCGACCAAUGCAGUGAUCACUGCAUUGGUGGCUUGCUGCUCUGGGGAAAAUUCGAUGCAGUUGCAAACCCUUUUGCAAACUGUGAAGUCGGUUUUGCGAACAAGGACAACAAGGGCCCGCAUCAGCGGGCUGCCGUUGCCCGCUGGUGCUUACAUUGAAGUUCUGCCGAAUCAAGUGGAUGAGUUACCAUUGAACAUUCGUGAGGCGGUGGCGCCGCAAGGCUUUGCGGCCAUUCCGGAUGGUGUGGAUCUGGCAACAGUGCUUCAGACUGCGCGACUGAUUCCGCUGCGGUCAACGCAUCGGGAAGUGCAAAUGCAACGUCAGCUGCAGCAAGGCGUUCCCGCAAUGCUGGGCAUGCCAGCAAUGGAUCCUCGCGCUGCAGGGUGGCAGAUGUUACAAACAGCACACAUGGCCCAAACGGCUUUCUCUUUAGCCAACUCCUUCGCCAUGGCGGGAUGCCCGCGUGUGCCCGAGGGCGAGCUGAACAAUUUGCAAAUUUUUCCCUCUGGCAAUUGGCAGCGAGACGCCCAGGCACCGUCGUCAUCUGUAAGAGCGCUGAUGGACCGUGCAGAAGCCACUGUGGAAACGCCAGCGGUUCCACCUGCAGGUUCUACGCCUGCCAUUGCCGCGGAGGCGCCCGCGCCGCUGCCGAGACCAGUGGCGGAUCUCCCUGCAACGGAAAAAGACGUGGCUGAUUGUGCCACUGGGGAUGAACCAGGUCCUGACACUGCGUUGGUGGUGUCCAAUCCAUCAAUGCCAACGCAUGUAUCGGAGGCCAUGGAACGUUUGGCCAAGACUUAUUAUGGCAAGGAGUUACCACAGCCGGAGGAGACCGCUCUGCCUGGGACGGCUUGCAAGCGUCCGGCGGCAGCAAAAGGUCACCCGCGCAAGCGCCCGGCGGCUGCAAUGCCAUCUGCCUCUGCGGAGGCCGUGGACUGCAGCAAGCCCGCGGCUGCCGCCGACAAAGCGGCGCUCAUGAGGAGACCUGCAGCGAGCUGUCACAGCGACAAGCAGCGUGGUCCGAUGAAAGUGAUGAAGACUGUUGUUGCUGCUGUGAAAAAGAAACCGGCAGCUGCAAGUGCCGCUGCUGCCAAGACGCGUCGCGUGACUGGGGACUAUUUUGUUUCAGAGCAUGUGGAGGAUGGAACGGUGCGGCUGGACACUGCUGACAAAACAGUGACGCUGCCAUCUCCCACGCUUGCUGCUCUAUAUGCGUCUGGUGAGGCUCAGGGAGCCGGAAAUCAGGACGCUCUUGCCAGCGUGGAAGGCCAUGGUCGGCGUGACGGGCAGGACUUGGUCAUAACGCAGCCAUGGCGCCGAGCUGCAGUCGCUGCAGCAGAAGCAUUGAUUGCUCAGUUUGAGCAACGCUCGGAUAUCGAUCUGGAUGAUUGUCCGAUUUUGGAUGAAUUGAAGAGCAUUGUCACGAAUGCUGCCACUGACAUGGACAUGGAUGCGCAGCACGCAGGAGACAUCUUGCACGGUGGGCAGAUGUUUCUUUUCAUCUGCGACAAUGAAGAGGACCUAUGGUUAGAACAUUUUGUUCCACGGAGAAACUGCAGCUGUGGACAAGCUGCGGCUCUGCCCACGGGCCAGCCGACAAAUUGGGCUGGAAUGGCUUUGUCUACGGACAAGCUGCAGCUGCGCCCACGGGCCAGCUUGUACUGUCCAGCUUUGUCCACGGACAAGCUGCAGCUGUGCCCAAGGGCCAGCCGUCGUGUCUGGAAUAGCUUUGUCCACGGACAAGCUUCAGCUGUGCCCAAGGGCCAGCCUGUCGGGCUUGCAUUUGCUUUGUCUGCGGACAAGCUGCAGCUACGCCUACGGGCUGGCUUGCUUGGCCACAUGGUGUCGUCGAGCGCGUCACGAAGCAGGUCGAACAGGAGGAGUCCAGCGAGACGCACGUCACCGUCCGCAGAGCCGAAAGCUGCGGUGGCUGAUGCAACACUGGACAAGAGCAAAGAGGGUGCCUCUGCUCCUGUGCAUCGCUUGGAUGGACAGGAUGGAAAGCGAUCGAAGGGAAGCGGGGCCGUCGCGAACAGGAGACACAAGGGACAGCCGGGGACAUGGCAAUGUCCGGAAUGCUCACGGGUGAUAAACGAUAACCCAAGCGCAAAGCAGCAGCAUUGGGAUAGCAUUUAUUGCCAGGCAACACGACUGUGCAACCAGCAUGGUGGAAGCUGGUGGGACCGGAAAGCAAAAGUUGAGAAGAACGUCCACAAGGAGACAUGGCACCUGAAGGAAAACCUCAAGUCGAAAGGUCAGCAGCAACCACCAGAACCAGCGGUGCCUCCGCGAAGUAGUUCUUUGUCAAGCUGGUAUGACAAGCCCAGGUAUGAUUGGGACUAUGUGACCUUUCGAAGCGAUCGGGAGCGCUCGCAUCUUCGUGAUCGCGGACAUUCCCGAUCUGGAGAGCGGAGACGCCGCGGUUCGCGCUCGGCAGAUCGACGGGAUCGUCGUCGCCGAGCGGCAAGCCGGGAGCGUGGGCGCUCGUCGGGUCGCAAUCGGGAGCGUGAGCGCUCCUCGGAUCGCAAUCGGGAGCGUGCGCGCUCGCCGGAUGGCCAUCGUCGGCGUGGGAAGGACGCCGUGCGGGAUGCGACCUGCACGCCACGGGGCGCCCGUGGUGACAAUGUGAGACUGGAGAAGGUAGCAUCUGCGGAUGCGUCCGGUGGAAGUCGAGACAAGAAAGAGGCACAAGCUGCCGGAAAAGGGGAUGCCAAGGAGAAACCAAAGGACACGGAGACAAAGGCACCACACGCAGACAAGGUGUUGCCGGAGCAGGAAGAGGAAGGCGGGUCUUCGGACUACUCCUACACGUAUGAGUCUUCGUCCACGGGCGAAGACGGUCCCAAGGAAACUCCAUCUGUGCCAGCCAAAGAGAAGACUCAGAACCAGGUCAUUGCCAAGACUGGCGCCGGAAAGAAACCUGGACCGGUUGCAAGUGCACCAGAACCCGUCGCUGCUGCAUGUGCAGGCGCACCUGCGCUUGGCUCGAAGAAGCCUACGGGCAAGGUGGAAUCGGUGGAACGUCUGAGCCUGUUGUACAAUAGUUUCUUACGCACAGCUAUGGAAGCGGUGCACGGAAUGUCCACCUUGCUUCGCUCUGUGACAGACAUGGCGUCUGCAUCUUGUGACACGUCGAAGAAUGCACUGGCAGAUACUGAUUCGGUUGCAAGUGGCAUUGCGGGGCCAGCCUUGCAGCCAGAGGUUGCCGGUUCGCAAGAUAUUGCGACGGAAGGUGCAGAGUCUGCCGGUCUGGCAAGGGAAGAUGCGGCAGAUGGCGAGCAGCUUGCCCACGGGCAGCAGGCUGCGGCUCCGCAGCCGACUGGCUCUUUGCCAAUGGCACCUGCGGGAGCUGACUCUCGUGCGGCAAGCAGCGAUGCUGUGAAGGUGAAGUGCCGGCGCUGCUGCAUGGAGGUGAAUCUUGACGAUGCACUGGAAAAUCCAAAAUUUCGACCAGAGCUUCGUUGGACCUGUCGGAGUUGUCAUGCAUGUCACACGCAGCUCUCCAGACACGGUAUCCAACUGACAAGUUUGUUGACAGAAGCUGAGACGGUUGCCUUUUUUGCGGAAGCCAAAGCAGUCCGCGAGAACUCGUGUGACAGUCGCUUGUCGUAUGGUCAGGCAAGAGGAUUGCUGAAACAGGCGAUGAUCGAGUCGUCAUCGCGGGAGGACCGCGAAGGACAGCACGGGGAGUUUCAACCGCUCAGUUACUGGCAGCUUCGAGGAUACAAUGUGGAGAACAUAGAGCUGCACGCUGAAUGCAGGGACCACCCCAUACUGGGAGCAACCUACAGAGUGGAUAUCACGAAGAAAUCGACAGAGUUCAUUGCGAAGCUGACAGAGGAGCGCAUAGUGCGCAUGGAAAAUGAAUGUCUGCAGCGUGCUGCCACGGCGGCCUCAGCUUCGUCAGCUGGCACAGGUGCCCAUCCGGUUAGUUUGGAUUUGCCUCUGGCGGCGCCCGAGCCGGCACCGCGUGGGGGCAAGAAGCGCAAGACUCCGGAGGAAAAGGCGCAGGACAAAGAAGCUGCGAAGACCGCAAGGGAAGCCGCCAAGAAAAGACAGAAGUUGGAGGCCACAGCCGUGGCAGCCGCUGGAAAGCAUUUGCCUGCGUUGCAGAAGCUUGUGACAAAGGUAGACGAUGCCAUUAACAAGGCUGUGUCUCUGAAUGUUGUUUUGCCGCCGGACGCCGAAGAAGUCGUGACAUCGGCGCGUGCUGAACUCGAGCAGGCCAUCGGCAAUGCCACAAAGAUGCUCAAUGGGGCGGCCAAGGGCUGUGGCUUGGGCAGCAUGGCACCGGAAAGUCUUUUGACUGAAAAGAAGGCACAAGAACAUCUCAAGAAAGGCCACGAGGCUGUCCGUACCCUCCAGUCGAUCACAAAGGUGACCAAAGGACAGGCGUGUUUCCGCGCAGUUGGCCUGGUCGUGGACUCACGAUGCAAUACUAAGAUGAAGGCAUGCCUGCCAAAACAGAAGGAGGCAGCAGCAUGGUAUAGAAAUGCGAUGCCGGUGGUCACGGGCAAAGGCGUGGCGCUUCCCACGGGCAAAUAUGCCGUGGAUCAUGACCUAAUCCGUCAAGCAAUGGCACGCUAUAGUUUACGGUCAGCAUCGCUUCUACGAGACAUGGAGCGGAAACGGGAAAAGAAAGCACAAGCUUCUGGCGCUAUGAAGCGCGCGGCACAAGAAGUGCUUGGUCCAUACCGUUUCUGCUUCCAGUCAGUCCAUCUGCCGGCAGUGGAUGCCGGAGAAGAAGACAUUAAGUUUUUUGUGGCUGAUGUUCGAAAAGUCUUGGAUCUCGUGUGCAGGCGUUGUCCGUCAAUGCAGAAGGUGCUGACUUCGACACCAGGUGGCAUGUUGGAAGCUGUGCCAGCGCACGACGAAGCCACAGGAGGCAAUGUUCUCAAUCCCUUGCUGUCGAAGAAGAUUUUGCUUUUUUAUGUGACAUUCACAUGUUUGAAAGAUUUGUGGUUGUCACACCGCGCUUGGCUGCCUGUUGCUGCGAUCACACAUGAUCAACUGCAAAGUUGCAGGGGUGGUAUUUCGGGAGCGACCGUGGCGUUUCUACGGCUGUGGUCCGAGACAGUGCAACGCUCUCCGUUUCCGAUUGGUACCGCGGGAGCGCAGGUCACCGUGCAGUUAAAAGUCUUUAUUUCUGAUUUAGACUCACAAAGGGCAACAAUGGUGGCAAAAGGCUCAGCUGCCUUGAAACCAUGCUGUUUUUGCAUGAACUGCAUUGCCAGGUAUGCCGGAGAGCACUGCGACGAUCCAGGCUUUAGAACUGUCGAAGAGCAUGAGUUCAAAACCUUUAAGCAGUAUGAUAGACAAGACUUAGAAAACUGCAUGUUGUCUGGACUGCAUCGUGUGGUGCACAUGACCAAAGCGGAACGAGAACUACGUGAGCGCGUGCUUGGUUUCAAUUUUGACCUCGACAGCAUUUGGGCUUGCCCUGUGAGCCGGGCACUAGUCCACGUUGACAUGAUUCAAAACGAUGCCUUGCACUGCUAUUGGAGCAAUGGCAUAUGCAAUUCUGAAAUUGUGCUUCUUCUUGGCAGGGUAAGAAAAGAAGUUGGCAUCACCCUGCCAGCUCUGCAGGACAUGUGCUUGGCAUCAGAGUGGCGGCGACAAAAUAAAACGGAAGGCAAGCAUUUUGUUCGCCGUUUGUUCAAGGAAUAUUUGUUCGGGGAAUCUGGCUUCAAGGGCAGUGCAGGAGACACAGUCGCUCUGUGCGCCUUGCUGCGUUGGGUGGCUGAAUCACAUUGGCUGAAUGUUCCCACAUUGCGUGCCUCCGCCAUGUGCUUCCUGCGGCUUUGCCGCGUGACAGACUUGCUCCGUGGUAGGCUGCCAGAGGAAACGAUGUGGCUUGCGCUCACAUCGGAACAAGAAGAACAUCAGCGAACUUUUGCUCGCGAAUACCCUGGCUGUAGCCGGCCAAAACAUCAUUGCCGCUUACACCUGCCUCACCAAUACAAAAAACAUAACCUGGCUUGUAAUUGUUGGGGGGUAGAGUCCCCCCACAAAAAUUACAAGAGUUUAUAUGCAGACAGCAUGCAGCAAUUCCUGCAAAGACGGAACGGUGGCUCAGAGAUGUCGCGGCACCUUCUUCCGCGCAUGCUGUUGCGUGCCACUGAACUGCUGCAGGAACGACCCUUGCUGCCGUGUGGAUUCGAAUUGCAGCAUCCUUUUUCUGAGAAAGAGGUCGAGGACGCAAGCAACAUGGUCAACACACAAAUUUCUGGCAAGUGCCGUUUGGAAAUGAUUGAUCUGCAGGAAGGUGACUACCUUCUUUACGGA